CGCACUUUAAAGAGUCUCCCCCCUUCCACCUCGGGGCGAGUAAUAGCGACCAAUCAUCAAGCCAUUUACCAGGCUUCGGAGGAAGCUGUUUAUGUGAUCCCCGCACUAAUUAGGCUCAUGAACUAACAAAUCGUUUGCACAACUUGUGAAGAAGCGAACACUUCCAUGGAUUGUCCUUGGACUUAGGGCGCCCUGCCCGCCUUUUGCUGAGGAGAGAAAACUUUUUUUUUUGCCUCCCCCAAGAAACUCCCCCCUCCUCCCUGUCUCUAACUCUGAUCCCCCCACGCCACCUCGCCAAAAAAAAAAAAAAAAAAAAAAAAUUACCCCAAUCCACGCCUGCAAAUUCUUCUGGAAGGAUUUUUUCCCCCCUCUCUCCAGGUUGGGCGCGUUUGGUGCAAGAUUCUCGGGAUCCUCGGCGUUGCCUCUCCCUCCCCUUCCCCCCUCCUUUCCUUUUUCCUUUCCUUUCUUUCUUCCUUUCCUCCCCCCACCCCCACCCCCACCCCAAACAAACAAGUCCCCAAUUCUCGUCGGUCCUCGCCGCGGGCAGCGGUCAGCGGAGGCAACGCGCCGCGGUCGCCAGGAGCCGGGAGCCGCGGGCGCCUGCUCCUCGGCGCAGCAUGUUCCAGCCGGCGCCCAAGCGCUGCUUCACCAUCGAGUCGCUGGUGGCCAAGGACAGUCCCCUGCCCGCCUCGCGCUCGGAGGACCCCAUCCGUCCCGCGGCGCUCAGCUACGCCAACUCCAGCCCCAUAAACCCGUUCCUCAACGGCUUCCACUCGGCCGCCGCCGCCGCCGCCGCCGGCAGAGGCGUCUAUUCCAACCCGGACUUGGUGUUCGCCGAGGCGGUCUCGCACCCGCCCAACCCCGCCGUGCCAGUGCACCCGGUACCGCCGCCGCACGCCCUGGCCGCCCACCCCCUGCCCUCCUCGCACUCGCCACACCCCCUCUUCGCCUCGCAGCAGCGGGACCCGUCCACCUUCUACCCCUGGCUCAUCCACCGCUACCGAUAUCUGGGCCACCGCUUCCAAGGGAACGACACAAGCCCCGAGAGCUUCCUUUUGCACAACGCGCUGGCCCGAAAGCCGAAGCGGAUCAGAACCGCCUUUUCCCCUUCCCAGCUUCUGAGGCUGGAACACGCCUUCGAGAAGAACCACUACGUGGUGGGCGCCGAGAGGAAGCAACUGGCGCAUAGCCUCAGCCUCACGGAAACUCAGGUAAAAGUAUGGUUUCAGAACCGAAGGACAAAGUUCAAAAGACAGAAGCUGGAGGAAGAAGGCUCAGAUUCGCAACAAAAGAAAAAAGGGACGCACCAUAUUAACCGGUGGAGAAUCGCCACUAAGCAGGCGAGUCCCGAGGAAAUAGAUGUGACCUCAGACGAUUAAAAACACAAACCGAACCCCCACAGAAACGGACAACACGGAGCAAAACAGAGACAGAGAGAGAAGGGGAAGAAGAAGGAAAAAACUACAAAACAAAAACAAACCGCACACACACAUUCACCGAGAAGGGGAGAGGGAGUCAGAGAGAGCAGCGGCACGUCCGCAGACCUUGGGCAGCGAGGGCGAGAGCGCAGGGUCCUGAUCCCGGGCUGCGCCGAGAUGGUAGAGGACCGAGGCUCCUUGAUCAACACGCAACCCUUGUCUAAAGAGGCAGUUGUAUGAGAGAGAGAGAGAGAGAGAGAGAGAGAGAGAGAGAGAGAGAGAGAGACAGAGAGAGAGAGACAGAGAGAGAGAGAGAGACAGAGAGAGAGAGAGAGACAGAGA